AUGUCUUUCAACAACAGUAAUAACGGCGCCGGUAACCCCAGUGCAAGUGGUAGUGGUGGUAAUGGUGGUUCAGCAGGAUCGCCCUCACAGGGAGCUCUGCUUCAGCAUAGACAAUUGUUGGAAUUGAGGACUAAAUUUCAACAAUUAGUUACUGAGUCAAAAAAUGUUGGUGAAAAUACACAGCGUGGUAAGGAGCUUUUGCUUCAAGCAUCAAAGAUCAAAGCAGUUUAUACCAACUAUAGUAGGCAAAGGCAGCAAGCUGCUCAAGCUUAUGAACAAGCACGUAAUGGUGCAGCUGCUGGUGGAUCUACUCCACAAUCUGCAGGAUCUGGUGUUUCUACUGUACCGGCAGGUUCUCAAAGCACUGGAGGGUCUUCAUCAUCUGGUGGUCAAAGUACUGGUGGUGGUAGUCAAUUGGCUAAUAUAAUAAAACAAGUGUUGACGCCUGAACAGAACCAACAGUACGACAAUUUAUUACAAACUUUCCAAACAAGAACUAAUAACAUUAGAGAUAAGCACAAUUUUUUGGAACAACAUCUUGAAGGAUUAAAUCAAGAGAUCAAUAAAAAGACAGAACCAGCUGCAAAAAAACAAUUAGAGGAUAAAAAAAUGGAAUUAUUAACGAACUUAAAAUCUUUGAAUAUGGAAUACAGCGUCUUACGUCAAGAGUUCACCAAUGGAAAGAAGAAAUUCUACGUGGAAUGUGCUAGGCACAAUCCUGCAUUGCAAAGACUACUACAAAAGAGUACUCAACAACAGAGAAUGGCUCAACAGCAGCAACAGCAAAUGCAACAACAAGUGCAACAACAAGUACAACAGCCACAACAGAAGCCGGUUGAACAAGUUCAAGUACCCAAGACGGAACCUGGUGUGGCUAAACCACAACAACAACAGCAGCAGCAGCAGCAACCACAACAACAACAACAACCACAACAGCAGCAACCACAACAACAACGGGGCCCAACAAGUAUUACAACACAAAAAUUGCCACAACAGACGCAACCACGCUCUCAACCAAGUUCAAGUUCUGUCAACAAGUCACAAGUUACCAAUGUCAAUGCUACGGCUUCUAUGGCAAAUAACAAUGCUGCUAAUAAAUCUGCUAUAUUCAAGCAAUCUGAUCCUCUAGUGCCCAUAUCAGAAAAUGUUACCGUUAAAGCACCUUCUCCUGUCGCAUAUAAAUCUAAUAGGCCUACUUUGACUGGUGGCGCUGCCAUGAAUGCUUCUCCUUUAAACACACCAGCCAUUACAAAAUUGCCGCCCUACGAGGUGGAUACUGAACGUGUAAUGUCAAAGAGGAAAUUGAGAGAAUUAGUUAAAACGGUUGGGAUCGAUGAUGGUGAUGGUGAAACUGUGAUUGAUGGUGAUGUGGAAGAACUAUUACUGGAUCUAGCUGAUGAUUUUGUUACAAACGUGACGGGUUUCGCCUGUAGACUUGCCAAACACAGGAAGUCCGAUAACCUCGAUACGAGGGACAUUCAACUUCAUUUGGAAAGAAACUGGAAUAUUAGAAUCCCUGGUUACUCUGCUGAUGAAAUUCGUAGCACGAGGAAAUGGAACCCUUCUCAGAGUUAUAAUCAAAAGAUGCAGUCGAUCAAUACUGACAAGACGAAUACGGCGAGAAAUUCUGCCGCUGUGGGAGGUGCAUCAAACAAAUCGCUCUCUCAAUCUAAAUGA